AUGGACAAUUAUUAUAAAAUGAUCUUGGAAGAAUGUGCGAAGGAUUGUGAAUAUUUUGAUAAGAAAGUUGAUUCCGCAUCCCAGUCAGUGAAAGAAACGAAUAAAGAAGUUAUUUCGCAAUCAGGAGGAGAAACAAAUGAAAUCAAGAGUAUAGUUCAUAAAAAGAAUAAAAGACGUAUUCAAUCCUCACUAUCAGCCGAUAAGACCCAGUCAAGAAGCCUUAUAGUAACAGAUUCGGAAUUACAAGAACUUAUACGCUAA